CAACAACCACCACAAAAUUAUCCUGCGCUGUUCUGCCGUGAGCCUCCAUGUUCUGCGUGGGACGACUGAGACCGUUUGUGAGCUUGCGACCGUACCGUUUGGCGAUUUCUCUGCCGUCUAGUGUCUGGCGUCCGUCUGCUGUCGCCUCCCCCGUGGCCCUACACCCGCUGUGCAGAGCGCCCUCCUCCGCCGCAAAGAAUAUGUCGAGUACGUCAGAGAAACCGAAGCUGGAGGCCAGGAGACCCAAGAAGGCCAAGACCGAGAAAGCGAAUAAGGGACAUGUGUUUGAUGAGGUGUUGCAGGUCGAUAUCGACCAAUUGUUGAAGAAGAACGGAGCCGGGUCCGACAGCGGCAGCGACCAGGAGGAAGGCGCUGCGAAGCCUUCGCUGCCCCAGCUUUUUACAGAGAUCGAGGUGCGUAUCACAGAGCUCUCGUCGACAGGCGACGGGCUGGCGCUGUCAGAGGACGGACGACAUGUCUACGUUGUGCCCUUUACCGUGCCGGGGGAUAAGGUGCUUGUCAAGGUUGUGCGGCAGCACCCAAGCCUCGGCUACAGUUUAACGGAUUUUGUCAAGGUGCUGGACCCUGGUCCGCAGCGAGAUGACUCGUUGAUCGGAUGCAAAUACUUUGGGACUUGCUCCGGGUGUCAGUUGCAGAUGAUGCCGUAUAAGGACCAGCUGGCGCACAAGAAGCGGAUCGUCGAAAAGGCGUACGCCAACUUCUCCGGGUUGAUCCCGGAGCUGGUACCUGCCAUCGACGACACAUUUGGAUCACCGCUGCAGUACGGAUACCGCACGAAGCUGACGCCACACUUCUCGGUCCCCGGCGGCCGGAGGAACAGAGAGCACAAGGUUAUGACGGAGGCACCCCCAAUCGGCUUCACCAUGAAGAACCGGCGCACGGAUUUGGAUAUCGAAGACUGCCCGCUGGGGACGGAUAUUGUGCGUCGCGGACUCAAGAGUGAGCGCCGGCGAGUGGCUGAGAACCUGAGCCAUUUCCGCAAGGGAGCGACGCUGUUGCUGCGCGAAACAACGAAACGGAUACCCAAGAAUGGUGAGACCAGCGCAGAGGCAGAGGUGGAGAAAGAACCAGAAGAAACGCCAGGCUCUGCGGCGCCGAGGAUAGACUCUGGCGACGUGAUCUUCCUCGAUCGGGAAGACUACGUCGAGGAGAAGCGGUGCAUCACCGACAAUAACGCGACGUCGGUGGAGUACAUCGACAACUACCUCUUCACGAACAAAGCCGGUGCCUUUUUCCAGAACAACAACUCGAUACUGUCACCCUUCACAGAGUAUAUUCGGCAGCACGCACUACCGGCAAACAACGGCCAGAACGCAACGCCCAUCAAGUACCUACUGGACGCCUACUCGGGUUCGGGCCUGUUCACCAUCACGCUCUCGCCGCUGUUCAAGUCGAGCCUGGGUGUCGAUGUCGCAGGCGACUCGAUCGUCUCCGCCCGUGAGAACGCCAAAGCCAACAACCUCCCAAACACAGGCUUUGCCGCCGCCGACGCUGCCGUCCUCUUCAAAGACGUCCCGUACCCGGCCAACGAGACGCUGCUGGUCAUCGACCCCCCGCGCAAAGGGUGCAGCGACGACUUUCUCCGUCAGCUUCUUGCUUAUGGGCCCCGGCGGGUCGUCUACGUCUCCUGCAACGUCCACACGCAAGCCCGCGACGUCGCCGUCAUGGUGCAGGGCGAUGCGCAAACAAAGGUCCGUUAUGAGAUCGAGAAUAUCCGCGGCUUCGAUUUCUUCCCGCAGACAGGGCAUGUCGAGGGGGUGGCCGUUCUGAAUAAGGUUUCUACGUAGUAAAAAGUUAUCUGUCUUAAUAUAUCUGUUCAAUAGGAAUGCAUAGA